UCCGCCACCAGCACCCGGCGAAUGGGGGAUUUGGGGCUCCGUGUCUUUCGCGAAUUCGACCAACCGACCGCUGGCCAUUUAGAGACGUUGUUCCGGCGUUAUAUCGAGAGUAAUCGCCCAAGAUGCCCGGCAUUCUUCCCAUGAAGGUGAUCAAGGUGGGCACCAGCUCGCAGAGCCGCAUCGCCCAGGCCUGUGACAGAUGUCGAAGCAAGAAGAUCCGCUGCGACGGCAUCCGCCCGUGUUGCUCCCAGUGCGCCAAUGUCGGGUUCGAGUGCCGCACCAGCGAUAAGCUGAGCCGGCGAGCCUUCCCUCGAGGCUACACCGAGUCGCUCGAGGAGAGGGUGAGGCAGCUGGAAUCUGAGGUGCGGGAGCUGAAGGACCUGUUGGACGAGAAAGACGAGAAGAUCGAUAUGUUGUCGAGGAUGCACGACCACCGCCAGCCCUCCGUCGGCUCAGCCGGGAGCCCGAGGGUAGUCGAGUUAAAAAAGGACCCUGGCUCCCCGCCCAAGGAGGAUACAUUCCGCGUCCAGGCUUCUCCGCUCCUGCUCGGCGUCGAGAAUUCGGACUCGUAUUUCAUGGGGCCUUCGAGCGGACGUUCCUUCAUCGAAUCGUUCAAGCGCAAAUUACAGGAAAAUGGAAAGCCGUGUUCCGAUUUCAACCCGGAGGCCUUCCUUCAUAUACAAGGGUGCUACCCUCUCGUUGCCCAGCCGCUCCCUCAAUUGACGAGGGUGCCGCCGCGCCUGUUCUCAGACAGAUGCGUAAACGUUUAUUUCCAGGAAUGGGCGCCGCUCUUUCCCGUCCUCCACAAGCCUACGUUCCUCCGCCUAUACGAGGAAUUCGUGUCCGAUUCCGAGAAGGUGAAGAAUAACCACAAGCUUGCCCAGCUCUACCUCGUCUUUAGCAUUGCCUCCCUCUCCAGCGACCUGCCGGAUACAGAGCAGAUCGCUGCCUGCGAGGCUCAGUGGCAAAUGGCGCUCGAAGCCGUCAUCAUGGACAACACCAUGCUCACACUGCAGUGCUUGGUCUUGGCACUUAUGUAUUGCACCAUCAGAGCCGACUAUAAGCGGUUGCAACACUACAAGGGCAUAGCUGUCGGAUUGUCUCACAAGCUAGGUCUACACCAGAGCCAGAAGCGGUUCUCUUUCGGCGCCCUCACCAUCGAGACGCGAAAGAAGGUUUUCUGGACGCUUUACACCCUCGACUGCUUCUCGGCCGCCAUCCUGGGUCUUCCCAAGUUGUUGAAGGAUGACGAUAUUCAUGCCGAGUAUCCGUCCGACACUGACGAUGAGUACGUCACGGAGAAGGGAUUCCAACCAACUCUGCCUGGCGAGUAUACCCGGCUGUCGAGCGCGCUGGCGCUAUUCAGAGUGUCCCGCAUCCUGGCCGAAGUCCUCGAGAAGAUUUAUCCAGCAGCCACAUCCUACGAGUUGACCCUUCAACAAAUCGCAGCGCUCGACGCCGAACUUACCGACUGGUACGAUAACUUGCCUACGCAUCUCAGGUUGAAUUUCGUCCAGGACAAGCCGUCGGCAGAUAUCACCGGGAGCAGGUCCCCGAUCCUGGCGCUGGCGUAUUACUAUAUCCGCGGACUCGUUCACCGUCCGGUCGUGGGCUCAAACCUAGGGGCCAAAGCCGCGCCGAGUCUCAUCGCGGUCGCGGAAUCUAGCAAACACAUCGUGCAGAUCAUCCAAUUACUAGAGGAGAGGGGCAUGUCAUUCUCGUUCUGCCUCAACAAGACCGACAUUCUCGUACUGUGCAGCACGAGCUUACUCUACCAGAGCCUGGAUUUGAAGCACGAGAGUAAGCUCGUGAAGGACAUAGAGCGACUCGUCAACGCCGUCUUUGACAUAUUGCUGAGGAUGAAGGCCCCCGGCGCUUACGAAUUGAAACGCGUCGCGUCGAUGCUUGUCGCCAUCGAUGCUCCGAGCCCAUCCCUAUCGACGCACGGCAGUCCGGAUGUGGCCAUGGGGGCUCCUCCAUCGAGGGCGUCGGCGCUAUUGAACUUGUCGAGAAAGAAAACGCCUUAUAGUUCCGGUCGGCUUGCGGGCGCGAGUAUGAGCGAGACGGACCUCUUAUCUCAGCAAGAGAAACUGCGCCGAAUGACCCUGCCUAACGCGCAGAUCGCCCGACCUGAGCUUCGCCACACGCCGUCGCGCUCAUCGCUCGACGUCGAUAGAGAGCAGGCAAUGCCGCGACGAGAUCAUCGGUUCUCGCUAUCUCAGAUACAGCAGACCAUGUUGCGUAUGUCGCCAACGCACAAGUCCAGGCAGAACCUCGAUUUCUUCUCUCUCAAUAAUGCCUCGACCCAGCCUCAGUCUUCGGCGUCGGCGCACGCUCGAAAUGGUUCGUCACAAGCCAUGACACGUGACCAGCCACAUCAGACGCGAUUAUAUCCCCCGAACCAGGCGGCGGCCAAGGGCGGCUCGGGCGGUGUCUCGGCAGCCGAGUGGGAGGCACUGCUGGGAUCGAUGGAUGGCGGGCAAAUCAAUGUGUACGACGCGAUAUACGGAGGGCCGGCGCUGUCGCUCACGGAGACGCCGACGAGCACGACUACCACGAUGGGCGAAUGGUCGCCGGAUUCGUGGGACCUGUCCGGAUUCAGCAUCGGCGAACUGACGACGACGAAUCCGGCGCCGCCGCAGAGCGUGCUUAGCAUCAGCGACGAGAGCCUCAGCUCCGGGGACGACCUCACGUCCAGCGACAUGUACCUCCGGAUGGGGAGCGAGGACUACCAGAGCGGGUUGAUGGCGCCGCCGCGAACGAGCCACGACGGCGGCCUGAUGCUGGAGGGCCUCGAGCUGAACCUGGGCAUCUGAAGCGGGGCGACGGGACGCGGCGGCCGCACGCGAAGGUGCCGAGCACGAAGCAUCUAGCAAUACGAUAUCAUGCACGGUCCA